AUGAAUGUCUCAUCUGGCAUGAUCUGUGAGUGCAGAGUUAGCCUGCCAGAAAUGCGAGGAGGCAGGCGUAGGACAAACUGGGUGGGCUGGAUCAGCUCUGUGCGUCAUUUGGUGGUGGUGCUUCUGGUCCAGAGCAAGGUGGGCAGUGGCUGCAUUCAGCCUCCCUCAGCCCAGGGCUCAUCUGUGGGGUUCUGCAGGUCCCUCGUGCGCGUCCUGGCCCCAGUGAGACUUCCCAGUGGCGCCGCAUGCACAGAGGAGGCAGCAGAGCUGCUGCUGAACCAUCAGCCUAUUCAGCUGCUGUGUGAGACAAGUGAAGGAUUUUCCUGGUGGAUGAUGGUUCCAGGGCAAAGCAGCCUGACCUCUGGGAGCCUCCUGAUGCUGGCUCGACUGAUGGAAAGUUGCUUAAAGCUUCCCAGUUACCCUGCAGAGAUACCCCAUGUCCUCUGCUCAAAGGAUUGUACCAGCGGGAGCUUUGCUGAGAUGGCUCCUGUGCCUGAAAUCAUUUCAGGGCCAAAGAAAACACAGAAGAAUCUCAGCAAGAGGCUUAAGAGAAUCCAAAAAUGGAUGUGGCAUGCAUUGGAUGUGAGUCCAAAUACCUUAGCAGGGGGAGCACCAGGUUAAAGGCCUUUUGGGAAUGGGCUAAGAAGACAACACAAAUGCUUGUGCCUGGAGAAUAAAGUUAUAAGACUUGA